UUAGCCCUCCUCUGAUACAAAGGUACGGCUCCCUUCCUCUCCGGCUCUCCCUCCAUAUCUCCAGAUCCUCUCUCCUUUGGAGGUGAAGCGGCGGCCUUUCUGCUGCGGAGAUAUGGAGGGAGUUCUUCGAGCCAAAGGCCUCAUCUCUCUCCCCCUAAACCCCGGACCCCGAGCCAGAGACCUCCACCCCCUCUGGACCGCAAGAACCCAUCUUUCCAGGAGAAACACCAAGAAAGCCGGCGCCUUUCCCUCGGCGGCGGCGGCGGCGGCGGCGCUCCGAGUACAUCACUCCCAUGGCUUCGCUGGUAAAGACAGCGGUCUCCGGUUUUCUGCUCCCACAGAAGCCGAAGAAUCGCUCCUUCCUGCAGAAUAUCGGAGCGCGGGACGUGGCUUCUCCAAGAAACCGAAGAACCUCCAGAUUUGUCGAGCUGAAGCCGCGAUUUCGACCGAUGGAGGCGGCUUAGUCGGGAGCGGAGAGAGGCGCAAGUUCUUGGGCUUGGAGAUCUCGACGCUGAAGAAGGUUAUUCCCCUGGGACUCAUGUUCUUCUGUAUUCUUUUCAACUAUACCAUUCUGAGGGACACCAAGGACGUGCUGGUGGUGACUGCCGAGGGGAGCAGCGCCGAGAUUAUACCCUUCUUGAAGACGUGGGUGAACUUGCCCUUGGCGGUGGGGUUCAUGCUCCUUUACACCAAGCUCUCGAAUGCACUGUCCAAGGAGGCUCUUUUUUACACCGUUAUAUUCCCCUUCAUCGCCUUCUUUGGGGCCUUUGCCUUUGUUUUGUAUCCUCUCAGGAAUGUCAUCCAUCCCACCGCGCUGGCCGACAAGCUGCUUGCUGCGCUCGGGCCGAGCUUCCUUGGGCCGGUUGCGAUCCUAAGGAUUUGGAGCUUCUGCUUGUUUUAUGUCAUGGCGGAGCUGUGGGGGAGUGUGGUGAUCUCGGUUCUGUUCUGGGGUUUUGCCAAUCAGAUUACAACUGUUGAGGAAGCAAAAGAAUUCUAUCCUCUGUUUGGCCUUGGAGCUAACGUUGCUCUAAUCUUUUCUGGACGCACGGUAAAAUACUUCUCUAACCUGCGGAAGAAUUUGGGUCCAGGGGUUGAUGGUUGGGCAAUUUCGCUAAAAGGAAUGAUGAGCAUCGUGGUGCUUCUUGGUCUUCUUAUCUGUGCUAUCUAUUGGGGAGCGAACACUUUUGUUGUUAAUGACCCCGCUGUACCAAGAUCUAUUCGCAAGAAGAAGGAAAAACCAAAACUAGGUAUGGGAGAGAGCUUGAAAUUUUUGCUUUCUUCUAGAUAUGUCAGGGAUCUUGCCACUUUGGUGGUUGCAUAUGGUAUCAGUAUUAACCUUGUUGAGGUCACAUGGAAAUCAAAGCUCAAAGCGCAGUUUCCAAGUCCAAAUGAAUACUCAUCUUUUAUGGGUGAUUUUUCAACUGCCACUGGCAUCGCAACUUUCGCAAUGAUGUUGUUGGGUCGGGUUAUUCUAAGAAAAUUUGGGUGGGGAGUUGCAGCCAUGAUCACUCCAACAGUUUUGCUGCUCACAGGAGUUGGAUUCUUCUCUUUAUUAUUGUUUGGUGAGCCAUUGGCUCCCUUACUGGGGAAGCUGGGUAUGACUCCUCUAAUUGCAGCUGUUUAUGUGGGUGCAUUACAGAAUAUCUUCAGUAAGAGCUCAAAGUACAGUUUAUUUGAUCCUUGCAAGGAAAUGGCUUAUAUCCCUUUGGAUGAAGAUAUGAAGGUAAAAGGGAAGGCAGCCAUUGAUGUUGUUUGCAACCCAUUAGGAAAGUCAGGAGGUGCCCUGAUCCAGCAAUUUAUGAUUUUGACAUUUGGGUCUCUUGCAAACUCGACUCCAUACCUUGGAGGAAUAUUGCUGGCAAUUGUUCUUGCAUGGUUAGGUGCUGCAAAGUCUUUGGAUUCCCAGUUCUCUCCAUUGGCUAAGGAAGAACUUGAGAAGGAAAAGAGGUUGAAAGAAAAGGCAGAAGAAUCAGCGACCAGGAUGUCUGAGGAAGGCACUGAUGGAUCAGUAGGGAAUAUAAAGGUGCAGAGAAUUGAAAAUGGUUCUGUUCAUGAAAGUUUGGCUAGUGAAAAGACAUCAAAUGGGUCCGCUCUGGAACCGAAGUUAGCUGCUGAGUUUGACAGCUCUCCGGAAAGCUCCACUCCUCGCAUUCAAUAAAUUUAUUCUCUGGAAGUCCUAAACGGCAUAAGGUCGUAGGGUUAUAAGGUUACCACUGGGAGCGCAACCUCCUCUCUAAUUAGAGAUAAAUAUAACAUGACAGAGGCAGGUGUGCAAUUGCGUCCUUUUGGUUAGCUGAUAAGCUGGUUUGUUCUAAUAUUCUACUGUUGCUGUUUCCUUUAUUGACAGUCAAUGUGCAAUUUGCCUGUUUUUGCAACUGUUAUUAUAGCAACCUUUUAAGCUCAUAACUCUUUAUAAAGAGUUCGAAGAGGAGGCAUCUGUAAUGGUUACUUACCAGUUCUCUUCUA